AUGCAAUCACACCAUCAUCACACCAUCACCACACCAUCAUCACACCAUCACAACACCAUCAUCACACCAUCAUCACACCAUCAUAACACCAUCAUAACGCUCUCCUUCUCCAGGGAGGUGCAGCAGGAGAACCUCUGUGUGCGCUGCCACCCGGAGUGUCUCCUGAGGACCAGAACCCAGACCUGCAGAGGACCAGGUCCAGACCAGUGUUCCCAGUGCUCUCACUUCCAGGACGGCCCUCACUGUGUGCGGCGCUGUCCUCAGGGAGUUCCGGGAGACGGGGAGUCUGUGAUCUGGACGUUCCCCUCCGGGUCGGGCCGGUGCCGGCGCUGCCACCAGAACUGCACCAUGGGGUGUUCAGGAGCUGGACUGGCUGGAUGCAGCGGUGGCUCCGCCUCCUCGGCGGUGCCGGUGGUCGUGGUGGGCGGGCUCCUGGCGGCGGUGGUCGUGGCGCUCGUGGUCUUCGUGCUGCUGCGGCGGCGCCGGAUCGGCAGGAGGAGGACGCUGCGCCGCCUGCUGCAGGAGAGAGAGCUGGUGGAGCCGCUCACCCCGAGCGGUGAGGCCCCCAACCAGGCGCUGCUGAGGGUCCUGAAGGAGACGGAGCUGAAGAAGAUCCAGGUUCUGGGCUCCGGGGCCUUCGGGACCGUCUUCAAGGGCCUGUGGAUCCCUGAAGGAGAGAACGUGAGGAUCCCAGUGGCCAUUAAAGUACUCCGAGAAGCCACCUCCCCCAAAGCCAACAAGGAGAUCCUGGACGAGGCGUAUGUGAUGGCGAGCGUGGACCACCCUCACGUGUGCCGCCUGUUGGGGGUGUGCCUGACGUCGUCGGUGCAGCUGGUGACUCAGCUGAUGCCGUGCGGCUGCCUGCUGGACUACGUGCGGCGGCACGGCGGCCGGCUGGGCGGCCAGUGGCUGCUCAACUGCUGCGUCCAGAUCGCCAAGGGCAUGAACUACCUGGAGCAGCACCACCUGGUCCAUCGUGAUCUGGCAGCCCGGAACGUUCUGGUCAAAACUCCGAACCACGUGAAGAUCACCGACUUUGGCCUCGCCAAACUGCUGGAGGCCGAAGAGGAAGAGUACCACGCAGAGGGGGGGAAGGUCCCCAUCAAGUGGAUGGCGUUGGAGUCCAUCCUCCAGUCGACCUACACUCACCAGAGUGACGUGUGGAGCUUCGGGGUCACGCUGUGGGAGCUCAUGACCUUCGGCUCCAGGCCCUACGACGGCAUCCCGGCCAGCCAGAUGGCCUCGGUGCUGGAGAGAGGAGACCGGCUGCCCCAGCCCCCCAUCUGCUCCAUCGAGGUCUACAUGGUCCUGGUCAAAUGUUGGAUGAUCGACGCCUCCAGUCGUCCGAAGUUUAGAGAGCUGAUAGUGGAGUUCUCAAAAAUGGCCAGAGAUCCAUCCAGAUACCUGGUCGUACAGUCCUGCCGCUCCAGUCCGGCAGACAGCAGCUUUUCCUCUCGCCUGCUGAGCUCAGACGACAUGGAGGACGCGGUGGACGUGGACGAGUACCUGCUACCGUACAAAGGAAUGUGUCGCCAUGACAACGCCACGGGCGGUCCUCCGGUCCGAGGGAACAGCCUCACUCUGCGUUACAUCAGCGACCCGACCCACACCGCACUGGAGGAACCAGACGUCAGCCACGAGUACAUGAACCAGAGCAGCCGGCGGGCGGAGGGCUUCAACCCCAACUACGAGGACCUGGACCUGGACCUGGACCUGGACCUGGACCUGGGCCGGACUCUUGGACCCGGGUCCUCUGGACCCGAGUACCUGAACACCGCCCGGAGCUCGCUGCCCCUCGACAACCCGGACUACCAGGACCACUUCCUGCUGCGGGCCACGCCAUCCGCCUCCAACACCACCACGGUCACUGGCAACGCCUUGUUCCUCCGGGGGGAGAACCUGGAGAACCUGGAGUACCUGGAGUACCUGGGUCUUGGUGCUGCACCGCACGGCUCCGUCCACUAGGGGGCAGCAGCAUCCAGACAGUGGAAACCAAGCCGCCUCAGCGGUCUUCCUUGUGAAGUCCGACAGGAAGUAGUUCUGCUUCACUGGAACACAACCUGCACGCUGAGCGCUGCUCGACGGCACUCGGGCAGCAGUUACUGAGGAAGAGGCGAGGAUUCAAACCAACGAACUCUAUUUCCUUGUCGUGGCUGCGUUCGUUCAGAGUUGUUGAGAAGAAACUAAACAUUUCACUUUCACCAGAGCAGGAUUGUGAUUGGUCCGUCUGGGAGGAAGAGACGGAGACAGACGCACAGCGCAUUGCUGCGUCCUCUCACCUCCUCUCCUCUCCUCACCUCCUCUCCUCUCCUCACCUCCUCUCACCUCCUCUCACCUCCUCUCCUCUUCUCACCUCCUCUCACCUCCUCUCCUCUCACCUCCUCUCCUCUUCUCACCUCCUCUCCUC